AUGUCCGACUCCAUCCCCUCCGCCCACCCCGAUGAACAUCAUCAACACCAACACCCCACCAACGCCGAAGACCGCAAAGCCGCCGCUGCCCUCUCCGCCCUCAACCCAAGCCACAUCGCCCCCGACACCCCCAAGUCCUCCUCCACUCCCUCCGCUGCAGACCAGGAAGCUCUGGGUCAGGCAAUGAGUCGCUUGGAGAUCGCCUCGGGACAAGCUGGUGGUGCUGGUCGUGGUGGCGUGCAGAAGCCGGUCGAGGCCCAGAAGAGGGUUCCGGUGGAAGGGGCUAAGAAGAAGGCGGUUAAGGUGGCGGUGGAGGAUGUGAAUCUUCUGGUAUGUCAAUACCUCGGAGAAGUGUUCGGGCGGAGGCUAAUGGCGAUGGUGGACAAGGUCGAGGAGUUGGAAUUGAAUAAGAGCACUGCGACCGAGUUGUUAAGAUUGCAUGAUGGGAAUGUGGUGGACGCCAUGAGAGCCUUUGUCUCUGUUGGUCCGGGUCUGUGA